CCGGCGAGAGCCAGUGGGAGCUGGGAGAUGGAGUGAGAUGGAGGUUGAUCAGCAAGCAGCUGCCGAGUUUAAUAGAACAUCUUUCCCAGCACUGAGUAUACUGAGGAUCCACUGUUCUCCACAGUAGAAGUUAUAAAAGCUUGCGAAAGGUGGCACUGUGACACAGCUACCAGGACUGCUACCACACAGCUCCAGCAACCUAGAAAAACGUCCAUUUACGUGAACGUUGAUCGGUACUGGAAUCCCUUAUUGCAGCGUUCACUGAUAUUUUACAAACUUAAAAGUGCGACAACGCUGAUAUCAAGCCAGAAGUAAAAAUGGCUGGAAAUAGCCUGGUGUUGCCGAUCGUGCUGUGGGGCCCCAAAGCGCCAACGCAUUGCAUUUCAGCUCUACUAGUGAUGGAUGAUUUGGCAACUAUUGUUACAGGAUGUCAUGAUGGACAAAUCUGUCUUUGGGAUUUAACUCUGAAAAUAGAGAUCAUUCCAAGGGCUCUGCUGUUUGGCCACACAUCAUCUAUCACUUGCCUUUCCAAAGCCAAUGCCGGCAGUGACAAACAGUAUGUUGUCAGUGCAUCUGAAAAUGGAGAGAUGUGUCUUUGGGAUGUGAAUGAUGGAAGAUGUAUAGAAUUUACUAAAUUGGCAUGCACUCAUACCGGCAUACAAUUUUAUCAGUUCAAUGUUGGAACUCAACGCGAAGGAAGACUGCUUUGUUAUGGCCAUUACCCAGAAAUCCUUGUCAUUGACGCUAGUAGCCUGGAGGUCCUUUAUUCAUUGGUGUCCAAGAUUUCUCCUGAUUGGAUUAGUUCACUGAGUAUCUUACGCUCACUGAGAACACAAGAAGACACAGUGAUUGGAGUUUCAGUAACUGGAAUCUUAAAGGUGUGGAUUAUUACUGCUGAAAUCAGUCGAAUGCAGGAUACUGAACCAAUCUUUGAAGAGGAAUCCAAGCCUAUUUACUGUUUGAAUUGUCAAAGCAUUUCAUUUUGUACAUAUACGCAACGAUCACUUCUGGUGGUUUGCUCCAAAUAUUGGAAGGUGUUUGAUGCUGGUGACUUUUCCUUGUUGUGCUCAGUAUCCAGUGAGGGUGGCCAGUCUUGGACUGGGGGUGAAUUUGUAGAUGCUGAUAAGGUUGUUAUUUGGACUGAAGAUGGGAGGAGCUUUAUCUACCUACUACCUUCAAGCUGUUUACCAGCAAGUGAAUCAUUCCGUAGCAAUGUUGGCAAAGCUAUUGAGAAUUCAAUUCCUCCUCUACUGUACAAUGUUUUGGACUGGAAGGAUAAAUCUAAUAUCCAGCAGAUAGAUUAUGGGUAUGUAGGGGAGGCACUUGUCCACGAUCCUCAUGAAUGUUACCCCGACCCUGUAAAGGCAUGGGAACUCUACAGACCUCAGCUGUUAACAUGCACUCUGCCUUUUGAUGCUCCACUUCUCAUCUGUCCUCCUGUCACCCGAUUUUUCUACGGUCGUCGGGAACCCUUCCAUAAACUGCUGAUUCAGGGAGAUUCAUCAGGGAGACUCUUGAUAUGGUGUAUUCCUGAAACGAUUGACUUGCCUCAGAAAGAUACUGUUCAAGACUUGGAAGUUACCACUUCUUCAUGCUUACAAGAUACAUUUGAUCAUCUGCUUCCAAGACCUGCUGGAAUUAUAGACCAGCUGAGCACACAGCCUGGCAAGGAAGAGCCUUUGAAAGUCACCGCCAGUGUUUAUAUUCCCUCUCAUGGACGUCUUGUAUGUGGCCGUGAAGAUGGCAGUAUUGUUAUUGUACCAGCCACCCAAACAGCUAUUGUCCAGUUACUGCAAGGAGAACACAUGCUGAGAAGAGGUUGGCCACCCCACCGAACACUUCGAGGCCAUCGCGGCAAAGUGACUUGCCUGUUGUACCCACACCAGGUCGCCACGCGGUAUGAUCAGCGCUACUUGGUGUCAGGUGGCGUAGAUUUCUCUGUAAUCGUCUGGGACAUCAACUCUGGGGAAAUGAAGCAUACCUUUUGUGUCCAUGGCGGAGAGAUCACACAACUGGUAGUUCCACCUGAGAAUUGCAGUUCCCGAGUUCAGUAUUGUAUCUGUUCGGUGGCCAGUGAUCAUUCGGUGGGUCUUCUCAGUCUUCGAGACAAGAAAUGUAUAAUGCUGGCAUCGAGACAUCUAUUUCCCAUUCAAGUUAUCAAAUGGAGACCUUCUGAUGAUUACCUGGUGGUGGGAUGCUCAGAUGGAUCAGUGUACGUCUGGCAAAUGGAUACGGGUGCAUUAGACCGCUGUGUCAUGGGAAUCACUGCAAUAGAAAUCUUGAAUGCGUGUGAUGAAGCUGUUCCAGCUGCGGUAGAUACCCUGAGUCACCCAGCAGUCAACCUAAAACAAGCAAUGACCCGGCGGAGCCUCACAGCGUUGAAGCAUAUGGCGCACCACAAGUUGCAGACUCUUGCCACCAAUCUUUUAGCUUCUGAAGCUGCUGAUAAGGGGGCUUUGCCAAAGUACUCCCACAAUGCACUUAUGGUGCAAGCCAUGAAGACCAAUCUGAUAGACCCAGAUAUCCAUAUAUUAUUUUUUGAUGUGGAAGCACUGAUCAUCCAGCUACUAACGGAAGAAGCAUCCCGACCCAAUCCCACUCUUAUUUCUCCAGAGAGCCUCCAGAAAGCACCGGGCAGCACUGACAAAAGCAGCUCGUUCCUGACAGGGAAGAGAGCAGCAGUCCUCUUCCAACAAGUGAAGGAAACGAUCAAAGAGAAUAUUAAAGAGCAUUUGCUGGAUGAUGAUGAAGAUGAAGAUGAUGACAUAAAGAGGCAGAAGAGGGAAGAAGGUGGCUCUGAAUACAAGGGCAACAGGUCAAAACCACUCACAUUGUUAGAAUAUAAUUUAACAAUGGACACAGCCAAGUUAUUCAUGUCUUGCCUUCAUGCUUGGGGCUUGAAUGAAAUACUAGAUGAGAUUUGCCUCAUGCGACUUGGUAUGUUAAAACCCCACUGCCCUGUAUCUUUCGGUUUGCUGUCGAGGGGAGGACAUAUGUCACUGAUGCUUCCUGGCUUUAAACAGACUGUUUCCAAGACGCUAGAUGGUGCUGUUGAAAAAGGAAAAAAGUUGAUUCUGGGAAACAGCACAUACAAUGUCUCCCGAGCAGUCACAACCCAACACCUGCUCUCUCUUAUUUCCUUAGCCAACACGUUAAUGAGUAUGACCAACGCCACUUUCAUCGGGGAACAUAUGAAAAAACUGCCACAAAGACCACAGAAACCAAGCACCCUGGAGAUGACUAAAGGGAAACCUUCCCCUCCAGUAUUCAAUGCUAUACAGGGACAGAUCAAACAAGCUGCUGUUGCUGCCACUGAGGCUGACUGCUCUGGCACUGUUUUACAUAGCUGCCCCUCAGUCAAUGAAGGCUGGAGUCAACUUGCAGCCAUGCAUUGUGUCAUGCUUCCCGAUCACCUUGGACAGAACAACUUUAGACCUCCACUUUUAGAGAUGUUAGCCCGCAGAUGGCAAGAUCGGUGUUUAGAGGUGAGAGAAGCUGCUCAAGCUUUACUGUUAGCAGAGCUUCGCAGAAUUGAGAAAGACGGACGAAAAGAAACUAUAGACAUUUGGGCACCAUACUUGCCACAAUAUGUCGAUAACGUUAUGUCACCUGGUACGACAACAGAAACUAUCCAAGCUGUUGGUGGAAGUUCUGAAUUACAAGGGACAGAUACCAAAGUCCAAGAAGAUGAACCUGACCUAGCAGACGAUGACAUUAGUGCAGGUUGUUUUCCUGGUUUACUUGCACAUAUGAAGAAAUCAUCAUCUUCCUUUGAGGAGCGACGUAAACAGGCCACAGCUAUUGUCCUUCUGGGUGUCAUUGGAGCAGAAUUUGGUGCUGAGAUUGAACCACCAAAAUUGCCAACUAGGGCUCGCAACACCAGUCAAGUUCCAGAAGGCUUUGGACUGACCAGUGGAGGUUCCAACUAUUCCCUAGCAAGACAUACCUGUAAAGCUUUGACAUUCCUGUUGCUACAGCCACCCAGCAUCAAGCUUCCAGCACAUAGCACUAUCCGCAGAACUGCCAUUGAUUUGAUUGGCCGUGGCUUUACAGUGUGGGAGCCCUAUAUGGAUGUGUCGGCUGUGCUGAUGGGACUUCUUGAGCUAUGUGCUGAUGCUGAAAAACAUCUUUCCAACAUUACAGUGGGACUGCCACUCAACCCAGCAGCUGACUCCGCCCGCUCAUCACGUCACGCUCUUUCACUCAUCGCCACAGCCAGACCACCAGCCUUCAUUACUACCAUUGCUCGUGAGGUUCACAGACACACAGCUUUGGCAGCCAAUACUCAGUCCCAACCAAAUGUUCACACCAGUACUUUGGCUCGUGCAAAGGGUGAAAUUCUCCGAGUGAUUGAGAUACUGAUUGAGAAAAUGCCUAUGGAUGUUGUGGAUCUUCUGGUCGAGGUUAUGGACAUUAUCUUGUAUUGCCUUGAGGGAUCUUUGGUCAAGAAAAAAGGACUUCAAGAAUGUUUCCCAUCAAUUUGUCGGUUCUACAUGGUGAGCUACUGUGAGAGGAGUAACAGAAUAGCAGUUGGAGCUCGACAUGGCUCAAUGGCUUUGUACGAUAUUCGCACAGGAAAAUGCCAGACCAUUCAUGGCCAUAGUGGGCCAAUAACUGCAGUAUCCUUUGCUCCUGAUGGACGAUAUCUAGCCACAUAUUCUAAUGCUGAUAGCCACAUCUCAUUCUGGCAGAUGAACACUUCUCUGUUGGGAAGUAUUGGUAUGCUGAACUCAGCCCCUCAACUUCGAUGUAUGAAAACCUACCAGGUGCCUCCUGUUCAUCCUGCUUCUCCAGGUUCUCAGAAUGCAUUGAAACUGGCACGUCUUAUCUGGACCUCGAACCGUAAUGUCAUCCUCAUGGCACACGAUGGGAAAGAGCAUCGGUUUAUGGUUUGAAGCCACCACUGUAAUCACGUGAAAUAAUAAACAAGUAAAAAAUGUGUGGUGUUGUUUGCAAUGCUGGUUAAUGUUUACAUUAAAUUACUUAUGUGUAGAUUUGUUUUCAUGAAGUUUAUAUUUUGCAAUGUGAAUUUUCAAUUUUGCAAUGUGGAUUUUUGUGAACAGGUGAAUUAGCAGCCCAAUAUUUGCACCCUGAUAUUCUUUGUAUAUCCCAGUCAUCAAUGAUUUAAGAAUCAUUUUUUUUAGGUUUGCGCAUCAUUUCCUCCCUUUUGUAAAUCUAAGAUAAAUCUACUACAGCAGAAGUUAAAUGCAUCCCAUACACCUGAUUAAAACUUGAGUUUUCCUCAUGGGGCAAGUAAAGUGAGGGCCGAAGAAGAUAAGAACUAAAGUUAGGAAGUUGGAUUUUAUCUCUAAAUUUAACUUGAGCAAAGACAUGGGACAGACAGUUUUGUUAGAAAUGAGCAAGCUUUCAAGGCAGUUCAUGUUGAUGAUUGAGCACAAUAUGUUACUGGUAAAUUCUAUUUUAUUUUCUGGAGAUGGGAAAAACAAUGCAACGACAAGGGUAAUUAUGUUUAAAAAAAAAUCAAAUGUAUACUUACAUUAACUCAAUUAAAUCCUAAUCAUACAAAUUGUAAAUUAUAGAAUGCAAACCAUUUCUACAUCACUGGGAUGAUUCGAUUCCGAAGACCUAAUAAGGAAAUUAAAACAUUUGAUUUUAUUUUAUUUUCCUUUUACAAAUACCAUUGAUCUCUUUGGAUGAAAGCAGACUGUUAAAGUUACAGGUAGUCAAAUGUGAAUGUCUUUUAUGGCAAGAGUUCAGUAAGUUAUUUUUCGAAUGUGUAGACCCUAAGGUGAAAUAGCUAGUCAAGUAAGGUUGAAAUUAUUUCAGUCCUUCUUUGCAUUCUUGCAAUUUGAUACGUUUGACAAACAUGGUGGCCUGACCAAGAAACAUAGAAAAAUAGGUGCAGGAGUAGGCCAUUCGGCCCUUCGAGCCAGCACUGCCAUUCAAUAUGACCUUGGCUGAUCAUCUAAAAUCAGUACCCCGUUACUACUUUUUCCCCAUAUCCCUUGACUCCUUUAGCCCCAAGAGCUAAGAGCUGACAAGCUGUGGGACAUUUACUAUUAAUAUUUGCUUAUAAGCAGCAAAAUCUUAGCUAUAUACAUUUUAGUGUUGUGUCCCAGAUACCUGGAGAUCCUAAACUUUGACUGUCGCCAACCUCUACCUGAGGUUUCAGCAAAAAAUAAACGGGGUGUCUUCCUUCGGCAAAGAAGCUUCGCUCCAUCAAUUAUAAAUUUAAAAAUAUGUGCUUGUGUAAAUUUCGCAGUGGCAUGGCUUGAAAAGGUACAACAGUCUCCUAUUUUUCAGUCACCCAGAUAACUGAAAAACAAGUAGAAAAGUCAGGGGGAUUGAAAGGUAUAAUUUGUACAAAUUUAACCUCCAUGCACAGUGUCUUUUUGCCCACAGUUUAGGGGGAUAAUGGGCUGGAUAAAAAUACAAUACGUUGUUGCAAAAACUCCAUAAAAACAUAACACUUUUCUCUUAAAUUGACAUCAUCAAUAAACAUAUCUGGGUUACCCUCCAAAGCAUGUUUCUUAGGCAUUUCUACGCAUCGGAUAUAAAGGCUUUCCUGAUAAUCUAUGUUAAUGCAGUGGAUGCACCAAGAUGAUAAUAACGUUUACAUCUAUAAGUAUUUUAGGAGUAAAAUCAAAUGGCCACUCAAACCAUCAGUAUAGUAAUGGAACAGAAAUAAUGGUGACUGGCUUGAACAAUUACCACAUAAUACAACGUACGGGUGAAAACCGCAUUAGGAGAACUUUGCUUUGUUUCUCUUUACUUUUUUAAAAAUCCUUAUGUUAAUUGUAAUUUUUGCUGAGUGUGUACAUUUUUGAGGAAGCAAAAUUCUAUUACGAUGUCUCUGAAAUUGAUUGUGAGUUGUCGUGUAUAAGCGCUACAUGUUUACUGUUGCUUUGCUAUGAGACUGGUGCCGAUAUGCAUUUGUGCUGUGCUGUGCUGAUCUGCAGUACACUGACCAUCUUAAGUCAAUUUACAUUGAUUGGAUGUUUCUAUUGUCUGCAUGCAAUCGCAGGGGCGCAAAGCCAGAGUUGGGAUCUGCUUUGACUUUUACUCAUCCAGGUGUUCCCAAAUGCCCCAAACCCAGUAGCAUAGUUAAUUCCAGUUAUUGUGUGUGUGCUGAUGAAUAGACCAAACUGAAUUAAAGAUUCCAGUUGAUGUGAAUUCACCAUGUCAAGAUUCUGUAUCAAAAUAAUUAAAUUUAUUUUAAAGUUGUAGUUUCUCCAACUGAAUUUGGUGGAAUUAUAUCAUUUCCAUUUCUCCCUAUGCUUGAUGACUUGUAACUUCUGAAGUUGUAGGGUCCUGAAUUAAAACAACUUUCCUCAUGCAUAGUAUUACUGCCAGCCACUAUUUAGUCAUGCUCUUCAAAUUCAUGCAAGGUCUCUUCCAAUAUCAAUACACAAUUAUUACCAGAUCACAAUUAAAGGUAAAAAUAUCAGUAUUACACUUAGUUCUUACUGGACAAUAUCAUGUGUGUAACAUGCAUUAUUAUUUUAUGUUUUAAAUUAUCUGUCCAAAACUCUAGAAUUUCUUGCACUCGAAUGUGACAUAAUUGUUAUAUUUAUCUGGAUUUUGGUGUUUGUUCCAAGAACAUGAGAAUGACAACAGCAGUCAUCAUGUUUCUUACAUAUAUUACAUUGUUCACCGUCUUCCAUGCCGAGCUCAAAGAGCUGUCCACUUAUUUCCAUUCCUGUUUCUUUUUAAUUAAUAUUCAUACCAUUUCAUUUCCAAGGCUGAUUUGAUAUAUAUAUACAAAACUGUUUCGCCUCGGGCAUUUUAUUCACUGAUCAACCUCCAAGGUUUCACUGAAAACUGUCCAUACCCCUGUACAUAUUCCAUGAUUACCUUAGAUAGACAUAAAAAGCUGGAGUAACUCAGCGGGACAGGCAGCAUCUCUGGAGAGAAGGAAUGGGUGACGUUUCGGGUCGAGACCCUUGAAGAGAUGCUGCCUGUCCGGCUGCGUUACUCCAGCUUUUUGUGUCUACCUUUGGUUUAAACCAGCAUUUGCAGUUCUUUCUUACACACCACAAUUACCUUAAAUGUAUUCCUUGUGUAUUGUAAUGCAAGAUUUAAGAAGAGAAAGGAAAUGAUAUCAGGACAUUCGGUAAGCAAUAUGCAUGGUCUGACAACAGAGAUAUUGCACAUUAAAUGCUGCCAAACUGAAUUUUUAGUUCCUCCAAACUGUUGGUUCUAAUGGAAAUUGUCCUUAUAAUUAUAUGCCAUGGAAAUAGAUCACACCAAAGGGAAUAAUACACGGUCAAAUUGCAUGUAAGGCAAUAUUCUAAUGGACUUCAUAGUAUUCCCACCUAUCAAUAUAGUAUACUCUUGCAUUGAGGAAACCCACACAAUUCAAUGACACUCCUAAAUUCUGUUAAUAAUAUUCAUAGUGUAAACUAUUAGGUAAACCUAAAGAAGAAAAUUGUUUUUUAUAUCCAUUUGCUUUCCACUGCUUCAGAUUACAUAGCCAAACCUGGCAAUAAAAUUAAUUUCUGGAAAAGCAUGAAUUUGAAUGUCAGAUAAUUAAGAAUCUAGCGAUGGACAACUCAAUAUUGUAGCUUCUGGGGUCAACAAUGCUGCUUGGAGGUUUUGUGUAAUUUUGAGUAAAAUGCAGCCAGAUUUACCGACCAAACAUUGUGCUUUAGUUUCAUCCAGAUUGAUUCAGUACAGAAUUAUGGUUUCCAGUUUUGGUGAAUGUGCUGCAAAACUCUUAUUGUUAAUUUCAUGCAUUCCACAAUUUAGUUCACUCCAUAUCUGGAUCGGUCAAUAUGGAAUCAUCUGUCUACGGCUUUUCUCCUCAUUUGGUGGUAAAACAAAUUAAGCGAUAUUUGAAAAAUUCAACUGAGUAGCCGUAUAUGACUGUGUUUGCUAUGUAAAGUAAUUACUUUGCAACAUAUCCUAACAUGUAGUUUUUUGUUUCUGUAACAACAGCCAUGUGUCUAAUUAAAAUAAAAUUAUAGUUCAAUAAGCAA